UUGGGGAACCCAGGGUGACUUUACCACCACGCAGCCGCUACCUGCUGUGAAGGUGAAGCUGUUCACUGAGAGCACAGGAGUGUUGGCUCUGGAGGAUAAGGAGCUGGGGAAGGUUGUGCUCCGCCCGACUCCAAACAGUCCCAAGCAGUCAGAGCUACACAAGAUGACGGUGUCUAAAGGCUGUCCGGACAGCGACCUGAGGAUCAAACUGGCCAUCCGCAUGGACAAACCACAGAACAUGAAGCAUUGUGGGUCUUACCAAAACAGGGAUCAAGGUAAAACAAUCUCAGACACAUUUGAUGAAAUGCAGCUGAAGAGGGGCGUGGUGACCCUGACCAUCCGGACCCGCCUGCGCAGCCCCAGCCUGACGCCCUGCCCCACCCCCACCCUGCUCAGCCGCUCCAGCUCACCCAACUCCACCUCCAACACCAGCGGGGGGGGCACUCCCCUCUCAGCGUUUGAAGAGGCUGAGGGCCACAGGGGCCCUGGGCCUGGACCCAAAGACUGUAUCAUCAUGGAGGUCACUCUUAAUAAAGAGCCUGCUGUUGGUCUCGGGAUUGGAGUUUGCUGUCUGACCCUGGAGAACUCUUCUCCUGGCAUCUACAUCCACAAUCUGGCUCUGGGUUCUGUGGCCAAGAUGGACAGCAGGCUCAGCCGUGGAGAUCAGAUCCUGGAGGUAGACUCGGUCAGUCUGCGGCACGCUGCUCUCAGCGAGGCCUACGCCAUCCUCAGUGAGUGUGGCCCCGGACUUGUCAGUCUCAUCAUCAGCAGGCACCCCAACCCCAAGGUAUCAGAGCAGGAGAUGGAUCAGAUGAUAGCCCGAUCCACAAACAGGGACAAAAUGAAAAAGAGACCCUCAUCUCAGUCUCAAGGUCCUUCCUGUAAGAGCCCCAGCCCCACGCUGAAGGAGCGACAGGGGGACGGCUCCCCGGCCCUCAGCUGGACCAUGAAGAGGUUCCUGGAGCCUGCCAGCAGACAGGGCUCUCUCAGCUCAGAGACAGAGUUGUCUCAGUACUUCUCCCAGGACGCCUCCAGCCACUCCUUCCUUUCUGAGUCCGUGCUGACGGCCUCCAACAGUGAGGAGGCGCUCCACCAGCCGAGCUGCAGCACCUCCCUGGAGGACAACUCUUCCCGGCGUCAUGAAGUGGAGAGUGUGUCCCCCGCUCCUCUGAACCACCAUGUGGAGGGUGUGUGUCAGCCCAUCUCUGUCUCCAGCCCCACCUCAGUGCGAAGCCCACUCCUCCGUCAGCGGCGGGUCAUGUGCUUUGAGGAUGUGCUCAGUGAUGAAGAGGACUCCAUCACCACGAGGAGCACUGCGCUCUUCCACAGGACAACAAGAUCUGUUCCCUUCAGUGAAGCCGAGGCAUCUGACAUCUCCAAAUGCGAUUCAGCAGUUUUAAUUGCUGCAUCAUCGUUGGAUAUAAAUGGAAAUAGUGAGGAUGAUGGGGGUCUGCAGAGGUGUGGAAGCCUCGAGGUGACCACUCCUCUCUGUGGCAGUUUCUCACAGUGUGAGGAAGCUCUCACCAAUAAGUCUGAGUCUCCUGGUCCCGAGCCACCCCUCAUGCUUAUCUGCAAAGCAGGGGGGUCAAUCUGUACGCUUACUAAUUUGACCAUCAAUAGUGAGAACUACACAAACCCAGACGAUGUACAGCUGGAGUCAAAGCGCUCCCCCAAGCUCGAGCAUAAAGCCAUCACACGAGUCAAGAGUAUGAUGAGCAUCGAAGCACCCAGCCCGCCCCAGCAGCAGAGGUCUAAAGCUGAUGAGCCCCCCCCAGGUAUAGCACCCGCCCAGUCCCCUUCUUCUGCCCCACUGGGGGCCAGAAACCCCAAGACUGCUGGUGGGCUGGUCCCCCAUCAGCACUGUAAGAAGGGAGAUGCCGGCGAGCUGGUGGGUGUUUGUACCAUCGACACGGUCAGCCUGAGGAGGAGCGAGGACGAGUCCUUCGGUCUGGACCUGGAGAUCAUGUCCUCCCCUCUGAAGGUUCUUAUUGCUGGGCUGAAGCCUGGGGGGGCCGCAGAGAGGGAAUCUACAGGCAAGCUGUGUCCUGGAGAUGAGAUUGUCUCAUUUGGAGAGAAACUGGUGCGCUCCUCCACUUACGAGGAACUCUGUGAGCUCAUGCACAACCUUCCAGUUACCCUGUCUUUGGAAAUUAAGAGACCGGUUUCAGCUGUAGGUCGCCUUUCCAGUUUGAUGAUGUCAUCAGGGAGCAGUGAUGGAGGCCCGACUCUGUACCCAGCCAGAUGUGUUCAGAGAACAUCUGGCAAAGGACAAGCAUUAAGUGAACAUUCAGGGAAUUCCAACCACACAGCCCAAACUGACCAUGACGUUCAAAUACCCAUCACCAAUAUCGAUGACAUUUUAUCAGAAGUGAGCCCCCGCAGUGAUACACACAACAAAUUCCCCUACAUAACAUCACCUGAUGAGCCUGUAUCCUGCUGUUCAGGCCCACAGACAGUCACCCUGUCACAGGAAGCCAUCAUUCAGCUCCCCCAGGACUGUUGCAUCUUAGAAGCAGGAAGUGGACAAGGUGCCAUGCCUCCUGUGGAGACAACACAUGAGAACCACCUAUCUCACCUGGAACCACCUGAGGCUGGUUCUAAGCAUAUGUACCCCACAGGAGAUGACAGUGAUUCGUCCACCACUGACGACAGUGUAAUGGUCAGUAAGAUGGCCGACAGUAGUGGGAGUCUUCUGGAGCCCUCCUCAGAUGAGGAAGAAGUGGAGUUGUUUUCAUUCAAUGCCCAGCAACCUGCUUCUGAUGGACUCUGUAAUGUAAGCCUGUCACCAAAGUGGUCUCCAACUUCUCAGCAUGCCAGCCGUCCAAAUACAAACCUGGAUCAGACCCUUGAUGUGCAGCAGGGCUCUGCUGAUGUCUCUCUGGCAGACAAAGACAACUCAGGCCAGUCCUCACAGCUCUCUCAGCUGUUAGGGGCCUCCUCUACACAGCCACCAUGCCAACCAUUCAACCGUACUCCUACAGAGUGCCAUAUCAGAGGUGCCACUGAACCUUGUGACAAAGUUCAAGCAGGUGUGGCAUCCAGUCCAGGGACACUCAGCACUUACAGCUGCCCCCCCCCAGCAGAUAACCACAGUGACAUUCAGGGAACCGUCGAACACUUGCAUCCAGAUGCCUUGCUGACCUCGGUUUUAUUUAAACAUUUAAAUACACAAACACCACAUUUACCUUCAAUUGAAUUGGAGACCUCAGGUUCAUGCAGAUCAAAUAAAACUGUGCCAGCAUCAAUGACAAACAAAGAAAAGCUGUUUGAGUGUAAAACAUACCCUCAUGCUAUGUCUGUACUUAAAAACACCUCUGGGCUUAAAGGCUUUGAUAGUUCAGACCCCCCCAUGUGCAGUAGUAACUUUAAAACUCAAAUCAGAGCAAGCACUAGUGCUCCCAAAUUGAAAGGCCUUAGUAUUAAGAGCAAAAUCAAACCACAGGAGGAGCCUCUACAAAAAACUACCAAGAGCGAAAGUCCAGCUCCCUUAAACCACUCAAAAUUACAACCAGCAACAUCCAUAUCCAGCUCUUUAAAGACAUAUACCCAGUCUGAUAAAUACAGCUGCCAUGAUUUGCCCAAAGUAAUGGACAGAGGGCAAGUUACAGCUGGGUCUUCAGGUAGCUCACUGCACCCUGAAGAGCUGGCUAUAGAGAAGGACCUCCAUUCAGGCUCCAAAGCACCCAUCCAAACACCCCCUCCUGCCACUCAGAGAACGUUUAUUGAAGUUCGACUGUCUCCCAUAUCUGGUUCAUCAGCACCAGUUGUAGCAGACCAUGAAACAGUGAACCCAGAAGACUCUCAACACUCUCGACACAGAGAUGCCAGAUCAGCCGCCAUGCUUCCUCCUGCCAACUCCACAGUAGACAAAACAAGCGGCAUGGUCAGUGACACUGUGUUGAAUUCACUUUGUUCUACUAAAGAAACAUGUAAUGGAUCAAAACCCAUUGCUAUAGGGGAGUUGACUGAGAGCUUAAAGUCAUCCAGACUGUCCAUAAAGACGCCAGAGAGGGGAAGUCUCUCCACAGAGGCUGCCAUGUCUGCAGACUUCAACCCCUUCUCUGUCCGACAUAAGAUAAAGUCCUUUGAAAACCUGGCUAACUUUGACAGGCCGGCGGCUAAAAGCACUGACAUUCAGUCCUACGCAUAUAGAGCCUCUCUUAACCAAAGGAUUGCUGGUUAUAUGGGCGUGGUUAAUUCUAUUGGCUGUCGGGCACGUCAAAGGAGUUUAAGUCCUUACGUGGAGAAUCUUAUUCCUACCACACCCUUCUCACCUUUUCUUGGUAAAUCUCCAUCUAAUAUUACAUUAAUAAAUAUUAAGCUUCCAUAUUCGAGCCGUAACACAGCCUCCCUGUCAGAAGACAACCCUGAUGCUCAAGUUCAAGAUAGGGCUGCUCCACACACUCCUCAGGUUCUGCGCAGGAAACACGGCAAGCUCCCCCGCAGCAGAGUGCGGCAGCUCAGGGCUCUCAGUAUGCCCGAACUGGAAAAACUGAGCACAGAGGACUUUACCAGAGGCCAUGGUGAAGACGGAGAUACACUUGAGCCUGGCAGCUAUCCCAAUAUUCCUACGAUAGCAACCGAGAGCUCUCCACCUGCUGCAACCCUGACAGAAGCAGAGGUGACCAGGGGGAGCAGGACUGAUCCGGGAUCCCAUGAAGAGAUCCCUGGAGCAGGCACAGAGACACAGCCGCCCAGCUGGUCCAUCAGAUGGCAAAAAUAGCCGGAUCAACAUCCAAUCCAAUCCUGAAGGAGAGUGGGCAGCCCGCCAAUACUUGGACAAGGUCCCAAUGUGUGGAUAAUAGGGAGCAGCUACGUUCGACGUGGGGAAGAAAGAGCCAGACACAGCAUGGGAAGCAACCUGGGUCUCAAUUGCCGUGUGUGGUGGUUUGGCAAGGGUGGUCUGAGGUGGAGGAACCUUCUUCCCUUUUUCUAUCAGUCCUUGAGAGGAAGAACAGUCCCGGAUGUCCUGCUCAUCCACUGUGGCGGCAACGACCUUGGCAACAUCAAAGGUGUGGAGCUUGUCACAGCGAUGAAGCAGGACCUGCUUU